AUGUUUGCACCCCGCCACUUAGCACGAUUAAGCAGAAGAAAAAGGAUGUUGCCAGUUCGAAAGUAUCCUUUUGUUUACGAUAACGAGUUUGCAGGAAAAAAAGUGAAUGCUUAUGUUAUUGAUUCUGGAAUCUAUAUAGGACAUCCAGAGUUUCAAGGGAGAGCAAGAACAGGAAGAGACUUUUCCAAUGAAGGAGAAGGGGAUCAAAAUGGCCAUGGAACACACGUUGCUGGAUUAAUAGGCGCAAAAACAUAUGGAGCAGCAAAAAAUGUGGAGAUAUUUGAUGUCAAGGCGUUAAAUUCAGUCGGUACAGGCACGUUGAGCACGAUUAUUGCAGCCAUCGAAUUUGUGGUGAACCACCGAUUGAGAAGCGACCGACCGGGUGUGGCAAAUCUUUCCUUCGGUGCACAUCACAAUGCAAUUUUAAACAGUGCGGUUGAACAAGCGACACGAACUGGAAUCGUGUUUGUUGUGGCCGCUGGGAACUCAAAUAUUGAUGCUUGCUUGAUGAGCCCCGCAAGCUCACCAUAUGCUAUAACUGUGGGAGCUAUAAACGAUCAUGGAGACUCAAUAUCCGGGUUUUCAAAUUGGGGGUCCUGUGUGGAUAUUUUCGCAAGUGGAUCAAACGUAAAGAGUGUUGAUUUCAAGAACAUUUACAAAUCGCUGGUUUUAUCGGGCACCUCCAUGGCGAGUCCCAUCGUUGCGGGAGUAGUGGCGACCUUGUUAAGUGAAGGGAUUGAUCCAGGCUGUGUAAGGGAUGUAUUGCAAGACACUGCAACGUUAAAUCGUAUUGCAAAGGCCAGUUUGUACUUUAAACCAAAUACUCCAAACAAAAUAGCAUACGUUGAGGUAGGAAAGGAAAACAACCCCAAAACCGACUUUCUGAAAAUGGACAAAGACAGCGGGAGUGAAUCGGAAUAUGAGUUAGAAUCAUAUGAAAACCCCACUUUGCCUUAA